GAAAGAUCGGAGAACAGAAAUGGAGAGAACGAUGCUUCUCUGUUCUUCCAGUCCAAUCUCUUCAUCCCCAACCUCCCUCCGUAAUCCUCCCUCUCUUAUCAUUCCUUUCCAAAACCAGCUUUCUCGCUCUAUCUCAAUUCCGUCACAUGUCCGGUAUCCUCUCACCGGGCUUCUUACUCACCGCCGUGCCUCUUCACCGGCGCACAGCUCCACUACACAAGAAGUAAUUGAAACAAACAAGAUAGCAUCUGGUUUUGUUGAGAUUGGCUUCAUACUUGGUGUUCAUGGGAUUCAAGGGGAGGUUUGUGUCAAACCCAACACUGGUUUUCCUGAGUUACGGUUUCGCAAGGCUGGCCGAAGAUGGUUAAGGCAGCAAGUUUCAGGUACUGAAACAAUUGAAGAAGUGGAGCUUGUUGAAGGAAGGGAACACCCUGGGCGGAAUGGUUGGAUACUUAGGCUCAGGGGAGUUGAUACAGUAGAUCGGGCCAGGCAACUUGUUGGUUCAAUGUUACUUGUAAAGGAAGAUGAUAGACCACUGUUGGAAGAAGAUGAAUUUUAUACUCGUGAUCUUGUUGGAAUGACAGUGAUUCUCAAGGUCUGGUUUUUGCAAGAAGAGAAACUGCCAAUUGUUAGCAGUUCAGAGGAGCAUAGUCAUAAGAUUUUGAUGAAAUCACCCUGGGAAAUGUUGCAGUCACCAGUUGGAUCUGGAGGUGUCAUUAGCUUGCUUUCAUCCCACAAUAUGAUUGAGAAUCUUAGCCAAAUGGGUUUGGAGUACAUUCAGAUAUGCAGCAUCAAAAACAGAUAUAUUGGGAGAAGCUCCCUCCUCCUUGGGUUUGCUCACUCUCAAAAAGCUGACGUUGGUGUCCAGAUUCCUCAAGAUACAACGGAUUUAGAAGAGAGCUUUGGCAUGGUUUUCUCAAUGAAUUUUAUGAAGAAAUUGGCAAGACAAAUCAAUAAACUUCAAUUCUAUGCAAUACCCACGCUGAGUUCACAUGUUGAGAUGGUUGACAAAAAGUGGGUUGAUGUUGUUCCUUCCUCCCCAAACUCAUACGAACUUUGUUGUACAAUUUAUAGUUGCAUAAAUGCCUGUUCUCCAGAUAAGAUUUGCACAAUGGAGAUCACAGGUUAAUGUAUGAACCAUAAAGAGCUUUUGGCCUUUUGGCCAUCCUUUGUUCAAAAGAGUAUAAUGUGUAUGCAACCUUGCUUCCGGUUCCCCCUGGUUGCUUCUUGUUCUCCCUCCACUUCUUUUCUUUCCACCUUUUUACAUGCAGGGAUUAGUCGAUAAUG